AUGCACCCGCUAGUCGCCAUUGCCAAUGACUCGCAAGCCGCCUCGCUUCGGGCCACACUCAACGGCGAUCCGCCUGUGCCUGGCUUUCUCGCUCCCUCAGCAUGUAGGCGUCAUCACAGGCCGAGUGGGCCACGACACCCGUCCCUACACAGUAGAUCGACAUUACAGCUACAGCAGCCUCACCCACCUGCACGCCAUGUGCACGGCGUACGUGUACGCACGCCCAUUGACGGAGCGGUACUCUGUGACAGCAUGCUACCAUGUGUCAAGCCAUCAAGGGCUCCCUCCGGGGCUUGCUCUGAUUAUCUACGCCGCCCAGCGCCCCAGCAAAGGCCGGCUUGGGCGAAACCGAGCCAAAGACGUCGAGCCGUUCGGCGCGGGUCAAGAUGGCUUCAUGCAAGCAAAGCCAGAGGCGUUAGGGGGGAUCCGGGAUGCGCAACAAUCGAGAUGGGCUCCAUCGGCCGCUCAACGGCUGCUGUGAGGCCAUUCCGAUUGGCCUCCGCCGCCGCUUUAGCACGGCCACCGACGUCUCCUCCCCAGCUGACAGCACCAAGGCACGCCAGCUUCUUCGGGCCGACCGCCGACACCCGCUUGCAUCGGGCCUCUUGUUUGCCCUUGUCGACGGCCGCCCGUCUGCCUUUGCCUUGUCCUCUGCUGCAGCCAGUCCAGUGCAUCCUUUCCCGUGGCUGCGCUCCUUUCGCUACAUCUGGUCCCUUGGCCUCAAUCCACGCUGCCCCCAUUGGACAGAAGCGCUCCAGAACCUAA